AGAAAGAAAAGGGGCGGAGCUACAGCGCAGCAUGGAAAAGGGGAGACUGGUUAAUGUAUUAGUAUAGUGAUCUAAACUAUCAAAAACCCAAAACUAGUGUGUGUUAGUCCAUUAGUAAUAUUCACAUGUUAGUAUAUUAGUGAGGUUAGUACUUUACAAUCUAUAAGUUAGUAGGGAUUAGUAGAAAUUAGUAAAACUAGAAAUAGGCAGGAAGUAAGUAAAGCGUGCCCUGUAGGAUCACAUCCAGUUGGUUGUGAUUUGUCUCAUCUCGUGUAAUCUUCACUUAAAGCUAAUGUCCUUUCUGUAAAGAAAAAGUAGCCAUUUCAGAAAGCCAAAUUAAAUAUAUGUUUUAAUCCAACAUCACAAAUUAAAAUAGGUGUUGCAAGAAGUAACCGGACGCGAAAGCAAAUACCAUUCCGACACCCAACUGGUCUGAAAAGCUCAAAGUGAGUGCAGGCAGAGAUGGGCAAAGAUACGUCCAACGUUUCCGCUGAAAUGCUACCCAGCAAAAUUGGGCAGCAGCUGGGUCACCCCACUCAGUCUCUGCUCGGAUGGAUGGUGAAAAGAUUCCUUCUCUGGCACAACGAGGUGCUGGAGAAGAAUGCUGUGAGGCUGUGUGGGAUCCAGCCGGAUGACACGGUCCUGGAGGUGGGGUUUGGACCAGGCCUGGGGCUGGAGUUCACUGCCUCCCUCCUGUCUGGCACCAGGGGGAAGCUGUUUGGGGUGGACUAUUCGGAGUUCAUGUGCAAGUUAGCCAGCAAGAGGGUCCAGGGCCACAUUGCCAGUGGAAAAGUGACCCUGUAUCAUGACAGGGUAGAGGCCAUGCCUUUGCCCGACAGCACCGUGGACAAGGUCUUCCACUGCAACUGCUACUACUUCUGGCCUGACCUGAGGGCUGGGACUGCAGAGAUCCACAGGGUGAUGAAACCGGGAGGACAGAUGGUGACGACCCUUAUAGCUCAUAGUGUGGAGAUCGCAGCGUCCUUGAAGAUCCUUUCAGGAGAGAACUGGCGCCCUGAGGUCUACAUGGAUGCCCUCCGAGCAACCGGGUUCACAGAUGUCCGAAUGGAGGACAAGAAGGAUAAACACAUAAUUUACCAAGCAAUAUUUGCCACUGCCUCCAAGUGAAUGAUGCCAGGCCUUUCAGAGUACAAAUAAUGUUCGGGACAGGCUUAGCAUUCAUCUGUUUCACCACUCUCUGAAAGCUUACUCCCUUAGAAACUGUGUGAGCCACCGUAUAUGCCAUUUCUGUUGCUAGGUAGUGAUUCUUAAUGGCAGUUAAUGGCCAUUUAAUAUCCAAAACAGUUAUCUGAUGCUAGUGAGCUAUAAUUAAGCUACAGAAGUACUCUUCGUAAUGCCAUUUCUCAAUUCCUGUCUACCUCUGUUAUACACAAGACUAUAUAUUUCAUAAUAACACUGUUUACAUUAAUGCAAAUACUGUUCACCUAAUUACUAAAGUUGCUAUAUAACAUGCUACCAGUCUGUAAUAUUGAUACUAUUUUGAGUGUUAACUAGUUCUACAGUAUAUUCUAUACAACAUUUGUAAUGUUUAUUAUUGGCAUUAAUGUACCCAUUAAUGUAAAGCAUUAUUGUAAUAAUUCUUAUUGAUCCUUUCAGACCACACUCACAAACAUACAACAGCAAUAAAUAAAGCCUUUAAACUGAA